UCCAUCUCUCAACUGUUCGAUUCCUCCCUCCCUCCCUCCCUCCCUCCUCUCCCUGCCGCAACGAAGAUGGCCGCGUCUCCUUCUGCAAAUCCCGAAUCUUCAUCUCGACACCAUACCUACAGCCGGAAACAAAAAUCUCUCGGCCUCCUCUGCUCCAAUUUCCUGAGCUUGUACAACCGAGAGGAUGUUGAUUUGAUCGGACUCGACGAUGCCGCAUCAAGAUUAGGCGUUGAGAGACGCCGGAUCUACGACAUUGUUAAUGUCUUGGAAAGUGUUGGGGUUCUUACUCGGAGGGCGAAGAACAAGUAUACAUGGAAAGGGUUUGGAGCAAUCCCUAGGGCUCUAGAAGAGCUGAAAGAGGAUGGUUUUAGCAAUAGUUUCUACUACUUCGAGAGCGGCAGUCAUACAAAGGUUUCGGAUGAUGAUGGUGAUGAAGACGAUGAAAGCUUCUGCAAUCCAAGCUUCUCCAAUCCCAACACUGGAAGCCAUUCAGGCUACUUAAAACCUAGUUCUGCACUUAAAUCUUCAGCAUCAUCCAAGAUUGAUAAUCGAAGAGAAAAAUCGCUGGCAUUGCUUACACAGAAUUUUGUGAAGCUCUUUCUCUGCUCUGAUGUGAAGUUGAUCUCCCUUGAUGAAGCAGCCAAGUUAUUACUGGGGAAUGCUGAAAAUAUGUCCGUAAUGAGAACAAAAGUGAGGCGGCUAUAUGACAUAGCAAAUGUAUUAUCUUCGAUGAAUCUUAUCGAGAAGACCCAUACAUUAGAUACUAGGAAGCCUGCAUUUAGGUGGUUAGGGCCAGCAGGGAAAUUGGAGAGCACAUCUGCUGAUGUUUUGGUUGCUGGCGAGUCUAGGAAAAGGACAUUUGGAGCUGAUCUUUCAAACAUCAAUUUCAAGAGGAAUAGAGUCAAUUCUUCAAUUGAUGAGGAUAUCAAUCAGAGUAUUAAGAUGAAAAAGCAAGUGAAAGUUGAGAAUUUGGUGACCGUGGCUUAUAACAGCAGUAUUGAGAAGGAUUCAAGACAUGGUUUGAAGAGCUACCAGUACGGUCCUUUUGGUCCUCAAAGUAUGACUAAGAUUGAUGCCUCUGAUAAUAAUAUGAAAAGGGAACACGAUUGGGAGAGUCUUGCUUCAACUCACCGCCCUCAAUAUCACAAUCAAGCUUUAAGAGACCUCUUUUCUCAUUACAUGGAAGCAUGGAAGUCGUGGUACUCUGAAGUUGUGGGAAAGCAGCCAAUACCCCUAUUUUCCUAAUGCACCUCCAAGUUGCUUUUAAAAUUGGACUCAGAAUAACUCAGUACAGCAUCAAGAUACCAUUUUUACUAAUUUGUUUUUCUUACCUGCCAUACCUCUUCCUUUCAAGUGACAUGGAACAGAUGUCUUCUCGGAUGCAUUCUCUAUGCACCAAGCCUUGAACUUAUCAUUGAAAUCCAUUUGUUGUUUGAUUUGUUAAUGGUUCUGCCCUCUGUACAAUACAUUCGCUAAUCUAAUUUGCUAAU